CGAUCAUGGAACGUGACAAUGCAGGAGCGGACUCACCCCCAGUGGGCUGACGCACAUUCACACGAGCCUGCGUCAGCCUUCGGAAGGAGAAGUCGUAGUGUGAGUUACUCUGUCGAUGACAAAAUCGACAACAUUGCAGCGGUGGGCACCUCUUCAACAUCUGGAAUCGUGGCAAUGGCUACAGCAGAUUAUAAUGCAGCAGGAACAUCAACAACAUCGUUUUCUACCACGACUGAAUCGCCGGGAAAGAAAGCAAUGUCAGCUGCCAUGCUGAGCUUGGCGAGGACAGCGGGAGCCCGCGGUCUACAUGGUCACAUAGCGGAUCGAGCAGCAAGCCUCAAGAAGCGUCUGUCACAGCAAUCAGGCUCAGCACCGCGCAGUCAGGACAACGGAGGUCCUCUUCUAGCGACAAGUGGUCAAGAACAAGCCAGACCAGCAGGAGGUAUUGUUGGUAGUCGUGCGGUAACGCCUGGGAUCGAGGACAUGGACGAGCACCACGAAGCGCACGGCCACUUCGUGAGCACGGUUGACCGUGGAGGACUCGAGAUCGCUGACUACAAUAACCAAGAAGAAAAUGGUGUGUUGGUAGGUGAGGCUCCUCCUCCUGCCAUCACGACUUCUGACAGCUUUGAAGGAGAGCAUCAAAUGGAGGAGGUAGAUGAAGAGGCAGAUGGAGGUCGUAUCUUCGCAAUGCAAUCUUUAUCAGGAGUAGAAGAGGAGCAAGGCAGUCGAAGACGAGUAAGACACUUUUCUUUUUCACAGGAGGAGAUGGAUAAAAGUUUCUUCAAUCUUCAUGUGCCUACUUGCCUAGUAGAAGAUGAAGAGCGGAGUGAGUACGAAAGUUGCUGUGCUGUCGAACGAAAUACGCUGUUGGAAGAUCUUUGCUCGUCCGUCGUUAACGAGCACAGUGACGAGGUCUGCGCUCUCGCUGUUCAAUCGCAUAACAAGCAGAGUAAUUGUGCCUCCCACUGGAUGAGAAAUGCUGUUCAGUGCAUUUUAGUGGAGGGGUCGCACUGUAUGCCCACCGAAGAUGCUGAUGCUAUCAAGCGGACCAGUCGCAUUGGCGAGUUUCCAGGGUCUUCGCUGAGCGAAGAGACGGAGCAGCACCUGCUUUCCUCGGUAUCUGCGGG